GUCAUUGUCAAAUUAACUGUCAAGCAAGUUACGAGAAUUACGAGGAAAUCCGAUGAACAAGUAGACAACAAUAUUUUUGUGUGACUUUUUCCUCAUUAACUUUUAUUUUGAACUUUGAAGUGUCCGAUGAAAUUCUAUCUGUUUGAGUGCUUUCAAUUGUUUUAAAUACGAAAUUAGACCAAAAUAGUGUACAAAUAUGGAAACCCAAAGCAUGUAUCCUGAUCCUGACACGAUCACUAUUGACACACUGGUUUUAGAAGACAUGGUAAAGCAGGAAUGGACCAAAGAGAUAACUGAAUUGAAUUCUUUGAGUAAAAAAUCUUGUAAUCUUCAUGCUGAUUUGUUAUAUUAUCGUCACGCAACUUCUGCAAUGGGUUCUUCGUGUUAUGAGCUGUGGAAGAGGAUACUAACUCAAGUUGGUGGUAGUCCCAAUACGUGGCGGGAACUUGGCCUUCUUUUAGGGAUUGACAGUAAUAAAUUAAAUUAUAUAAUGUACUCAGUCCAAGAGGAUCAUGUUGACAUGGUGCUUAAAGUAUUUAGACAAAACGAAAAUGCAACAAUUGACAAAAUAAUCGAUGCUUUCAUUAAGAUGAAGCGGUAUGAUAUUUUGAAAUCUUUGGAAGAUCCUCUUUGCAAAAUAGCUCAAUUCUUCAAUAAGGAUGACAGUGGUUAUCAAAGUAAAAGUUCUGGGCAAAGAGAGGUAGUUAGGCCAAAAAAUAUUCCCAACAAUUUGCCAGCAGCUCUUAGCAAUAAGGUGGUUUCUCAAGAUAAGGAACCAAAGAAACCAAAACAACCAUCUUUGAAGAUACCUUCUACACCGAAUGAGCCUGUAGUUAAUGAUAGCCCAAUAUUCUUCUUGACUUAUACACAAGAUGGUUUUCCAACUGCUGUGAAUAUUCAAGAAUAUGUUGAAAACUGGACUGAAAUACCAAAUGUUCAAGUCAUCACUUUGAACAAUAAAAGGGAAGAGUUGUAUCAAAAUCCAGAGAAAUUUAUUAGGGAAUAUUUUGAAAAAGCAGAUAUCAUCAUUCCCAUCAUUACACCUGGCUACUUGGAUGAAAUCAAGUCCCACAAUCCAACUGUUCCUAACACAUCUGAUAACUUGGACCAUAAAUAUGUAAAUUUUAUUUAUAACCUUAUUGUAAACAACUACAUUCAUGCCUCGGGUUGCCUCAACAAGAAAGUGAGGAGUGUGUUGCCACAAAAUGCCAAUGUUGAUCUAUUUAGACGAAUCACAAUGUAUCCGGACUUGAUGCCAUGGACAUAUGAGGUUAAUUUUGAUACACAAUUUCAGGCUUUCUUAAAAUAUCAACAACAGUGAGUGUUGCUAGUUGUGCCUUAUUUUUUAUACUUGAUAUUUGUACUGUACAUACAUAAUCAUAAAUAUACGUAAAUUAUUGGGGCUUUAGUAUAAUAUUUUAGUAGUAAUUGUACCUGAAAAUGUAUAAAUGAAAUCAAAUAAAGAUUUACAUUUUUUACAAAUUAAAGUUUAAUAA